ACGAUGAUUUUCGGUAUUACAUCAGUCGGAGCUCAGAUAUUUCAGGGAUAGGCACGAUCCAAAAAUGAUUUGCAAAUUCUAUUAAAUGACACGACUCGUAUAUAAAACACAAAAAUAUGACUGACAAUCGAAAAAAAUUAUCAAGGUGGUACUUUGGUGGGCUUUCCUCUGCAGGUGCUGCUUGUGUUACCCACCCUUUAGAUUUGUUAAAGGUUCAUCUGCAAACGCAGCAAGAAGGCACGAUAUCCAUAGGGCGCCUAACAACAUCUAUAAUACGAAAUCAGGGCAUUUUAGCUUUGUAUAAUGGACUGAGUGCAUCUCUACUUCGCCAACUUACGUAUUCAACAAUAAGAUUUGGAGCUUACGAAGUGGGAAAACAAACAUUCGAGACACCUGGACAUUCGUUAUCAUUUUCGCAUAAACUUUUAUUGGCUGGAGUAUCUGGGGCAACCGGUGGUAUUUUUGGAACACCGAGUGAUCUGAUCAAUGUACGCAUGCAAAAUGAUAUAAAAUUGCCGCCAGAACUCAGAAGAAAUUACAAACAUGCUUUAGACGGGCUGCUAAAGGUAAUGCAACAAGAAGGAAUACGUCGAUUGUUCAAUGGAUGUUCCACAGCGACGUUAAGAGCUGCAUUAAUGACCAUUGGCCAACUUAGUUUUUACGAUCAAGUUAAAAUGAUAUUGUUAGAUAGCGGCUAUUUUCAAGAUAAUCCCGUGACUCAUGUAGUAUCAAGUGUAUUUGCAGGUGCUGUAGCUACGACUCUUACACAACCGUUGGAUGUGUUGAAAACACGUGCGAUGAAUGCUAAACCCGACGAGUUUAAGAAUUUAAUGGAUUUAUUUUUAUAUACUGCUAAACUUGGACCACUAGCAUUCUUCAAAGGAUACGUACCUGCUUUUGUCCGAUUAGCUCCACAGACUAUUCUUACUUUCGUCUUUUUAGAACAGUUGAGAUCUAAUUUCGGAUUCUAUCCUCCUAUUAUUGCAGAGUCAUAAAGUUCAAUUAACUGUUUAAUGCUUUAGCAUUAACUGUCUACCUGAAAUAUUUUACAGAAGUAAAAAAGAGAGAUCUUAUAUAUAGAAUACGAAACUUUAUGGAAAGAUUGUAUAAACAUUUGUUCUAUCUCAACCAUUAGUUACUUUUGCAUUCCAUUAAUCAUAUUCAAAAUUGGUUUCUUAUGUCUUAUACCUCGUAUGUCGCGUACUUCAGAACACGUUUAGUAAUAUUUAUAGUUUCCGAAUAUUCAGAGAAUCCAAUGUUAAUUAGAUGGAACAAAUGUUUUCUGAUUGCGUGAUAAAUUCAUUGUUAAUGUGUUUAAAUUUUAAAUCUAGCACAAUAUUUUUGCAUUGAUAGUGUCAUUUCUCAACUAUUACAGUUUUCGUUAUUAUAUAGUAAUUUAAUUAAUGAUUUGGGCACAAAAUAUCUUUUUAAUACUUAACACAUUCCGAGAAGAUAUUGUAGUUAUGCAAUAAUAGAUAUACACAAGAUUUUAUAUAUAUACACAUAUUUUAUUAC